GGGAAGUCAUUACUGUACUAAGGAGGAUUCUUGGUGUGGAAGGAAGCCAUUACUCCCCACUCCCUCUUCUUGGUGGAGAGAGAGAGAGAGAGACCGACCAAGAAGAAGAAGAAGGGGAUGGCGACGGCGCCGCCGCGUCUGCUGCGGGGCCUCAUCGCGCCGCUGUCGCUGUCGCCGGCGGACUGGCUGCCGUGCCACCAGCAGCUGCUGACCUCCGCCUCCCUCCUGCACCGCUGGCUGGCGCGCCUCCGCUGCUCCGACGGAUUCAAGCUCUUCCUCGUCGUCCUCCUCGUCUCCGCCGCCCUGGCCGAGGUCCGCUUCGUCGCCUCCGCGUCCAUGGCGCCCACCCUCCGCCCCGGCGACCGCGCCGUCGCAGAGAAAGUGAGCUACAUGCAUGUUCGGGCGGCCGUCUGUGGGGGAUAUUGUCUUCUUCAGGGUGCCUACCGCGCUGCAGAAUUGUGGCAUAAGUAAGGAUGUUGUAUUCAUUAAGAGGGUUAUUGCUGUGCUGAUUGAGACUUCAUCGAGGUCCGGCAAGGCCAGCUUAUUGUUAACGGUGUUGCACAGAACGAACACUACACCGCACCGCAUGCGUCGUACACGAUGGAAGCCAUGGUCCAGAGAUACUUGUAUGACCAUUGCUACUACACAAACAAAUGACUAUACUACUACUACUGCAGGAGGAGGACCAAAAGUGGCAUGGCUGCUCUGUGUUGUUGACUUCCUGAGUACCCCCAUUGUUGUUUCCAAAUGAAAUGACGGGUCUCAGAUGGUGGACGAUCUCUCCCUCCCACUCCAUCCUUGUUGUUAUCUGCUUGACCUAUGCCCGGAUGAUUCCCAUACUGAAACUGUGCAUCGUCCUGCAGCGCCUCCCUCAAGGCCAUGUAUUCGUCAUGGGUGAUAACCGUAAUAACAGCUGUGAUUCUCGUGCCUGGGGGCCUCUUCCUAUCAGCAACAUUCUUGGGAGAUACAUGAUGUCCUUCACAACCAAUAGCCAAGGCGAAGUGCUUCGAUGACCACCAGUGUUGCCGAACAACCCCCCUGAUGCCACUCGAUAUGAUGUUAUCGAGCUAUGUUGGGCCUCGAGCCCUUCUUAGUAUGUAGAUCCACGAGCCCUUCCUAUGCAGUGUGAUGUAGCACUGUCUGUAGUACUUGGCAGCUGUUGUCACUCACCCCUGGACUGUCAGGUGUUAGUUAAGCUUACUUGUUGGUAGAACCUGCAAAAUGUGCCUAAAGGUUCACGCCUUCUAGUAACCAUAGCUGUCUGAAUCUUACCGGUAAUGUUUUAUUAUGUACCGCGUGCUUGACUGUCAGAAGUUUGCAAUGAAUCAUUGUGGUGGUUCCUUGCUGCAUGUAGAUAAAUCUGCAAUGUUCAUCACGGCAAUGGCUGAUAUCUCUUGAGUAAUGGUAGCUGUGUCUUGUGUAUGUAGUUGAUGUAUUGAAUAAUGGUUGAUAAUACAGGUUGUGUUCUGAUAUCAA